AAAAAGCAAGGCACGACGGGUCUGGGGAGGUUUUUGUUGGGAUUUAUAAAUAAGAGGGGCAGAGAGGCGAGGGAAAGAGGAAGUUUCGUUUGCCCUUUGCGCCUCACUCAUGUAUUAGCCGCCAUUGCUUCUUCUCGCUCAAAUCUCGUUCUUCUUCUACAAUCUUCAACUUUUUACUGCAUUCAUUCGUUGGUCUUCUUUGUGUGGGCUUGCCAAAAACUCUUAUUGUCGGAGAGAAAAUGAAGUAUGUUUUGGUGACUGGUGGAGUGGUUAGCGGUCUGGGGAAAGGAGUGACUGCAAGCAGUAUUGGUCUCAUCCUUAAGGCCUGUGGACUUCGCGUUACUUCAAUCAAGAUUGAUCCCUACUUGAAUACUGACGCUGGAACAAUGUCACCUUUCGAGCAUGGAGAAGUAUACGUCUUGGACGAUGGAGGAGAGGUGGAUCUCGACCUUGGAAACUAUGAGCGGUUUCUAGAUAUAAAAUUGACACGGGACAAUAAUAUAACUACUGGAAAAAUUUACCAGUCUGUUAUCGAUAAGGAGAGAAGGGGGGAUUAUCUGGGAAACACUGUUCAGGUUGUACCUCACAUUACUGAUGCCAUUCAGGAGUGGAUUGAACGUGUGGCCCUUAUACCCGUGGACGGGAAAGAGGGUCCAGCUGAUGUUUGUGUCAUAGAAUUGGGUGGAACUAUUGGGGAUAUCGAAUCAAUGCCUUUCAUUGAGGCUCUGGGACAGUUCUCAUAUCGAGUAGGAGCUGGCAACUUUUGCUUGAUACAUGUUAGCCUUGUGCCUGUCCUGAAUGUUGUUGGUGAGCAGAAAACGAAGCCAACACAGCAUAGUGUUAGAGGGCUACGAAGCCUGGGAUUGACUCCAAAUAUUUUAGCUUGCCGCAGCACCACGGAACUCGAUGAGAAUGUCAAGGAAAAACUUUCCCGUUUUUGCCAUGUUCCGUUAGAGAAUAUCAUCACCCUCUUUGAUGUUUCCAACAUUUGGCAUGUGCCUUUGCUUUUGCGAGACCAGAAGGCUCAUGAGGCAAUUUUGAGAGCCUUGAAGCUCAAAAAUGAUGGUCUCAAACCUGCUUUGGGAGAAUGGACAUCUAGGGCUCGUCUCUGUGAUAUGUUGCAUGAGCCUGUCAGAAUUGCCAUGGUUGGAAAGUACACUGGCCUUACAGAUUCUUACCUCUCUGUGCUGAAGGCUCUUUUGCAUGCUUCUGUUGCUUGCCAUAAAAAAUUAUGUAUUAAUUGGGUUCCAUCCAGUGACCUUGAAGAUGCCACUGCAAAAGAGAAUCCCGAUGCCUAUAAAAGCGCUUGGAAAUUGUUGAAGGGGGCUGAUGGUGUAUUAGUUCCAGGAGGAUUUGGUGACAGAGGGGUGGAGGGUAAAAUUCUUGCAGCAAAGUACGCCCGUGAAAACAGGAUCCCUUACUUUGGAAUAUGUCUAGGAAUGCAAAUAGCUGUCGUUGAGUUUGCACGAUCUGUCCUUGGACUACGAGAUGCAAACAGCACUGAGUUUGACCCAGACACUCAAAACCCUUGUGUUAUAUUUAUGCCAGAGGGUUCAAAAACCCAUAUGGGAGGCACCAUGCGCCUUGGAUCAAGGAGGACAUACUUUCAGAGUACCUCAAGUACAUCUGCUAAGCUAUAUGGCAGCAAGAGCUUUAUUGACGAGAGACAUAGACACAGAUAUGAGGUAAAUCCGGAUAUGGUUCAGCAACUUGAAGAUGCCGGUCUCUCAUUUACCGGCAAAGAUGAAACUGGUGAUCGCAUGGAGAUCAUCGAGCUGCCCAGUCAUCCUUACUUUAUUGGCGUUCAGUUUCACCCUGAGUUUAAAUCAAAACCAUGGAAGCCAUCUGCUCUUUUCUUAGGACUUGUAGCAGCAGCAUGUGGCCAGCUUGAUACUCUUUUGAAGAAAGGUGUGACAAAGCCAAGCAGAAGCAAUGGUACCUCAGCAAUAAAAGCACACCUAUACGAGAAUGCAACUAAGCUACCCAAUGGCUCUUUAGAUGUCAUUUACUGCAACGGGAAUGGUUUACAUGUUUGAAUGAUGAGUAGCUUGUGGAGCUUUGUGUCGAAUCAUAUCUUAUGUGCUCGUUUUUGUGGGUGUGAUUUAUCAAUUUUGCUCCUAAAAUUUCUUCGUGUAUAGGCAUUACUAGUUUGGUAGGAGUUAUAGCUUCUCAUAUUGCCAUGUCCAUGGGUGCAGCUGAAUUCCGGUCUUUUUAAUGGAUCAGGCUGCUGUAGUUGCAGUGCAAUGUCAUGGGAAAUGGGUCGAGCUAGGUUUAUUUUUGACGGACUAAUUAUUGAUUACUGACCCUCUUGUGUGAGAGGUCUGCAAUCCCAUGGCUGAGGGAUUAUUAGCAUGCUCAGAUUGUAUAGACAUGCAUUGUGUAAUCAGUCAGUUGAAACAAAACAAAGGUUAGCUGAACCACGAGUUAUUACUUUUGUGAAAAGUAAUGAGUAAUGGCUGGAUUAUUCUUGUUUGCUCAAGUUGAAAUCAAGAAUACAUUGAUCUUGUUGAAUCUUUCUUUUAAACGAA